AUGAGAGGUUUUCAUACGUAUGCAAAGAGGAAACUGAGCAGUCCAGAUGAGAGGACCGCAGAUGCAACGGAGGAGGAGGACGGCUCGGAGGCGUCUGACGACGUCGUUGGUCACGCCACGACGCCUCCGCCGCCGUUUCGGCGCUACCGUACGAAGGGAGUCUGCCAAAGGACGACAAAGUUUGGAAAUCAUCUGUCUUGACUCAUCGAAAGGAUCUGUCGAUUAUGACAGAAUGUAAUGUCGUCUAAGACAUGUGUUAGAACAAAUGAAGACAACCGCACAAUCUGAACUUCCGGAACGCGGAAUUCAGUAAACUCUUCUCCCAUUUCCAUCUGCUGAUUUAAGCAACAGCUUAUGUUACGUCUGCUUCCGUAAAGUAAGAAAUUGUGCAGGUUGAGAAUUUUAGAAUCUUUUGAUAUUAUUAUAUAAGCCGAAAAGAAGGAGCAAACGAAAUGGCGCGCACAAAGUAAGUUCAGAUAGCUGAGAAUGGCUCCUUCACUUUACUUGCUUCUGUUUCCGUUAGAAUAAAAUAAGAAUAAAAUCUGAAGAAACUGAAGAAUAGAAAAAAAGAACAAGAGAGGUAAAAGUUGACACACUUUUUGGAUAAUUUUGCGCUGGCGAAGCUCAUAAAUAAAACAAUAUUGGGGUCUGCGUACGGUACAUCCGCGAGCCGACAGAAAGAAAUGAGACGUUUCCCGGGUGGAAACUCCAAGUUCCGCUCAUUCACACGCAUAUUAUUACAGGUGUCACCUAGUCGGUGGCGGAAAAGGUAACAAGUUCCACGGCGCCUCCAAGGUCGCCGUCGGCCCUCAUUAUUUACUCCUUUCUUGGAAGUGCCACCUCUGA